AUGGCUUCCUUAUUAUCUAACCAGGCACUCCCUUGGGGACAAAGGGUUUCUGCGAAGCGUCAAGCCUGUUAUUACGCCCUGCCAGCUUCAUGGCUAUUAGACCAAAAGCUUUUGGAGUCUCUAGAGACACCAUGGGAGAGAUGCAGGAAUAAUAUGGUAGAACUAAAUGCCUUUCGAGAAUCCGGCAUACUUUCUGAACGCGAGCUGCGAAUUACCGAGCAAUAUAAUGUGGCUGAACUUCUUGGACUCAUAUCGUCAGGUGAAAUUACUGCUUUGGAAGCCACUCUAGCAUUUUCAAAGCGUGCGGCAAUAGCACAGCAGUUGACGAACUGUCUAACCGAGACAUACUUUCCACAAGCGCAGCAGAGGGCAAAGCAGCUCGACUUACUAAGAGAAAACGGCGAAACCGUCGGCCCAUUACAUGGACUCCCGAUAAGUCUAAAAGAUACCUUUCAAAUAAAGGGCAGUGAGGCAACUAUUGGUAUGGUUGCAUUCUUGGACCAAGCCUCGACGACUAAUUCAUGCCUGGUGGAUAUCUUAAACGACUUGGGAGCCGUGUUGUAUUGCAAAACUAAUGUCCCUCAGACAUUAAUGACCGCAGAUUCAGAUAACAAUGUGUUUGGACGAACCUUAAACCCCUGGAACACAGCAUUGACUGCUGGUGGUUCUAGUGGUGGUGAGGGCGCUCUCAUUGCGAUGCGCGGAGCCGCAAUUGGCGUUGGUACAGAUGUUGCCGGCUCUAUUAGAAUCCCAGCCCUAUGUUGUGGCACAUAUGGCUUCCGCCCGACGACUGGCCGCAUCCCGUACGGCAAGCAAAGAGGCUGCGCAAACCCGGGGUUUCGUCCAAUACCCCCAUGCGCCGGACCUCUCAGCAACGAUAUUGAUUCUCUCCCCAUCUUUAUGAAAGCCGUGUUAUCUGCGAACCCCAGACGAUACGAUGCUACCGCUACCGACGUUCCGUGGCGUGAGAUUCAAGGUUCGAGUGCGCGAAAGUUACGUCUAGGUCUGGUCCCUGAGGACCCAAGAAUUCCACUCCACCCACCAGUCCAGGCAGCACUAAAAGAGGCAGUCCACCUACUAGAGAAACAAGGCCACGAGAUUGUGAAACUUAGUCCGGAGGAGUGCCGCGUGGACCAAGCCUGCCAAGUUUCGUGGAGUCUUUUGGGACUUGAUGAUAUGCCCAAUCGUCGUGUUCUCGAAGCCGGCGAGACGGCUGUCCCAUCAAGGCUGCGGUUUCAACAGGCGAUUAGCAAAAUGGGCAUGGAACAUGUCGCUGACAUUCACGGGCUAGACCCCUUGCAGAAAUACGCUGCAUUGACGGUAAAGCGGGCCAGCAUUGCCGAUGACUGGAACCAGCUCUGGGUGAGCAAGCGACUCGAUGCCGUUGUAGCACCGGCCGCUCAGAACUCCGCCGUUGAGCAUGAUGAGUUCAACGUGCCUGCGUAUACGGUAUUCCUCAACCUUUUAGAUUAUCCUGCAUGCGUGAUUCCAUUUGGAAAAGUUGCCGGAAUCGAGGUGAACUUCAAGGUCGGAUCGGGUCAAUCAACACCACAGUAUAACCCAAAGGCUCUGGAAGGAGCACCACUGUCCAUUCAGGUGUUUACGUCGUCGAUGCGUGAUGAGGAGUGUCUUGAUGUCGCAAAAGUGGUUGAUGAGUGUUUGCGCCAGGGUGAUAGCCACAAAGCUCGAUUCUAG